AUGGGAUUGAAUGUCAACACGGCGAGUUUUGCUAUGUAUACCUUCUCUCUGGCGGUCCUUAUCCAAGCCUUGACGCUUGUGUCCUCUAGCGCACUGGCAGACUACGAAAAUAACCGAAAGACCCUUCUGCUGACGUUCGGGUUCAUUGGGUCCGCAACGUCCAUGCUCUUCAUGCUUAUUGCGCCGCCAGUGUUCGUACUUGGGGCACUCCUCGUGGUUAUCGGCGUCACCUGCCUCGGCUCGUCGUUUGUCGUUCUGAAUUCGUUCUUGCCCAUCCUCGUCGCCAAUGAUCCCUCGAUUCAGAAUGCGUCGGAUAAGAAUGGAGACGAACUACAUGACCUUCAUACGGACCCGGAUGAAUUCUCGCUGCGGUCAUGGACGGAUGAGGAGGACGGCGACACCCGUCCUUCCCCAGCGGAAGGCCGGGAGAAAUCUGGGAAGCCUUCUAGCUCCACGUCACCUGAGCUUCAGCUCUCCACGCGUAUAUCCUCCCGGGGUGUUGGGCUGGGCUAUUGUGCUGCGCUCUUUGUGCAAAUCCUGAGCAUCUUGCUCUUGUUCACACUGUCGAAGACAUCCAUGGCCAAAUCAGUUCCCACGCUUCCAAUGCGAUUUGUUCUACUCUUGGUUGGAAUAUGGUGGGCUUCUUUUACUAUCGUCUGCAAUCGGUGGUUACGUAAUCGCCCUGGCCCACCGUUGGACGGCAUCACUCCGGGUUCAGGCUACCGGCAGAAAUGGCGCAUCUGGUUAAGUCUCGUGGGGUUCGCAUGGAAGUCUCUCUGGAGGACAAUCAAGGUUGCCCUGCGUCUGCGUGAGGUUGUAAUAUUCCUUGCAGCAUGGUUCUUGAUAUCAGACGCCAUAGCCACUGUUUCUGGGACAGCAAUCCUCUUUGCGCGGACGGAGUUGCAUCUGAGUACCAUUGCUGUUGGUUGCUUGUCGGUCACUGCGACAACCUCGGGAAUGGCGGGAGCGUUCCUGUGGCCUGUUGUGGCCCGGCGGUUCGCGCUAGCAUCAAACCACACCAUUCUUGUGUGCAUAGCGCUGUUUGAGAUUAUCCCACUGUACGGAAUGCUGGCUUAUGUACCUUUCAUCCAAAACUGGGGUGUGUUUGGAUUGCAGCAGCCAUGGGAAAUCUUCCCUCUUGGUGUCGUACAUGGAGUCGUCUCUGGGGGACUUGCAUCCUACUGCCGUUCAUUAUUUGGAGAGCUGAUCCCACCAGGUAGUGAGGCUGCCUUUUACGCACUGUAUGCGGCCACCGAUAAAGGAAGCUCAUUCGUGGGGCCGGCGAUUGUCGGCGCCCUCAUCGAUGCGACUGGCUCCGUCCGGUCCGGUUUCAUUUUCAUUGGAAUACUGAUUGUUCUGCCAAUGCCACUAGUGUGGCUGGUCAAUGCAGAGCGCGGCCGACGAGACGCCGUGGCAAUGGCAAAACAUGCGCCUGGCGAGGAGGGAGAUGGGUUACUUCGCUAG